AGUCUCGAUUGUUAGCUCAAUUUAGCUUUCUGUUUACGAAACACAAACAACAAUUAGCCGGACUCGAGAUGAUCAACAUUCAACGCUGUUAUUACACUACCAUCCAUUCUCAAACUCUUUCAAAGGAUGGACGUUUUCUAUUUUGCGGAAGCAACUUUGGAGAAGUAUUCGUUUACAGCAUCGAGCGCAUAACGGCUAGCAAUGCAUCGCCGGACCCGGGUGAAAUGGAAAAACUUCCCACACUUCCUAUACAGGUGUUUCCAGUUACGGAGCGAUGCCCAAUCUAUAGUUUAGCGUUCCACAAAGAUUUUCUUAUAGUGGGAUUGAAUGGAGAGAUUUGCGGGUUUCAAUGGUCCAGCAAAUCGGCUUCCCUUGGUAAAAAAGCUUGGACCGUAAAACUGCCGGCCCCCCCAGAGAACGCAGACAUGAGCGAGGUGAACUACUUAUGGCUAAACGAAACGUUGGAGAUGCUUUACGCCGGAUGUGGUGAUAACAUUAUGUACUGUAUCUCGCUGGAGGAUGGAAAGGUCUGUCGGGAGUUUCAUGGGCACACCGACUACAUACAUUGCGUUGCUGGCUGUGGAUCCAAACUUGCCACUGCUUCAGAGGACGGGUUUGUGAUGCUAUGGGACAGCAGGCAAAAGAGAUCAUUCGCCAAGAUUGAACCGCACACGUUACCGCUUUUGCAGCGUCCAGAAUUCGGCCGUUGGCAAGGAACAGCUGCGUUAACAGAUGAUUGGCUUGUUUGCGGCGGAGGUCCACGCUUCUCGCUGUGGCAUUUGCGCUCGUUAGAAUGUACGAUCGAUUUUGAUUUUCCUGAACGGUUGCACGUGUCUGGUUUUGCAGACGAUCUAAUUUACGCCGGUGGUGAUUACAACAAGUUUUAUCAGUAUAACUUCAAUGGUAACAUAACGGCAGAGAUACCAAUUUCGGGCCCGUCCGCUUACAGCGUGGCCAUGCAGACGGAACCCUACCGGAUGCUAGCAAUCGCGGGCGCUUCGGCACAAAUAGAUGUGUGUACUAGCUUCACGUACCGUGAUAUUGUGUUACAAACGUACAAAAAAUAGUUGCGAACCAAUACUAAUGGGAUGGUUAAGGUGUCUAUUUCAAUCUCUCUUCACAUUCAAAAAAUUAAAAAAAUACGCAUUGGUAGAAAUCAAACCAAUCACUUGGUUCACUAAAUAAAAGCUGGAACUGAAAGAA